AUGGCUUCUGAAGCCUACUUACGCNCCCCUCACCCCCGGAGGCCACCAGCUCAGCGCUCCGUCUCCCUCAAGCACCACAACGGCCCCUCGCCGUCGUCCAAGAACACCAGAAGCACACAGACUGAAGCCUCCAGCGGCUCUCCCUCGAGUAACAAGCCCAAUGUCAGCAAGGCCGAUUCUGGCGAGAGCAGCAACGCCGACAAGUGGUUCGACGGCGCCAACANNACAAUGCCGAUGGCAAAAACAGCACAGUCAUCGACACACUCCUCCUCGGAGGAGACUCCGAACUACGGGGCACCGGGCGCAAUGAUCGAUCAGCGAGUCCCAAUGCAUGCUCUGAUGCACAAGAACGAUACCGAGGACAGUGGCAGCUCAGACUUCCGCGCUGUCAUCGACGACCUCACUGUGCAGAACAAGAAGCUCAAGAAACGUCUGAAGAAGUAUGAAAAGCUACACGACGCCCACCUGAAGGACGAGAAACUGUUCGAGGUCCGUGUCCACGGUCUCUCGUCGACCAAGAGGCGGGAACUGGAAGAUAUCCUGCGUAACUUCGCUGUCGGCGCUGCUGGUCAGACAAAUGCUGCCCUUACUUCUCAAACCAGCAACCUCUACGACCGUGUCAUUCCUACUCUCAAGACCCACAAGACAGCCUCGUCAUCCUCCAACUUCGCCGACUCCGCUUAUGCUUCCAACUCAGCAUCUGCUUCUGCUUCGGGCACCUCUAACUCCAACAGCGGUCAACAAACUAGACACCCUUACCGUCGCUCCAGCAAGGCCCGCACCAGCAACAUCCAGACCUAUCUCCACGAUAUCCCUGAAGGUCUGUUGCCACAACAUCCUGCAGCUAUGACCGAAUACUCGAGGAAGAAGCUCGUCGUCCGUCGUCUGGAGCAGAUUUUCGCUGGAACUGGCGCUGGCAUGGGCGACCACCACCAUCCUAUGCAGCAGCAAGAGGUUUCGCAAAUGGCUGCAAAGGCCGAUAGAAGUGCUCUGGAAGCCACCGGUCAGACUGCUAAGAUUGAGGGCACCAGAGAAGCCCCCAUCAUGAAAGAUGAUGAGGACCGAAGCACUGAAGAAACCAGCGGACCUGAGAUCGUCCAAGGAACUGAACCUGAUCAGAAGAUCGCCGAAAAGGAUUUUGCCGGCCUCUCACCUCAGCAGCGACCUACCAGACCUCUAGAUCUUGACCCUCAUCGCGCCCAGAACCCCCGUGACAACUUCCAGUACAUUCGCCAUCUUGGCUUUUCGCCACCCGAGCCUUACACUAUGCAAGCUCACGAAGAAGGUCAUGGCUGGAUUUACUUGAACUUUCUCUUCAACAUGGCACAGCUUCAUACUCUCAAUGUUACUCCCGAAUUUGCCAAGAAGGCUUUGCUUGAUUUCAGCACAAAAUUCGAGCUUUCAGAAGAUGGUCGCAAGGUUCGCUGGAAGGGCGGCAGAACCAUCACAAGAUCGGCCAGUGAUACUGACGGAAGUUCACCAUCGACCUAUGGCCACUCUUUUAGCGGCACGAGCCCUCAGAAACGCUCCAAAUCUUCUCAUCACAAGUCGGGUGCCAAAUCAGCAAAGCGUAGAAUGCUGGAGAAGCAGGACAACAAGUUUGCGUACACACCUCUGUUCUUCCAUCGCAGCAGCGAAGAUGACAGCGAUCUCUCCUCCGAAGAAGAUGAGACCGAAUCUCAGUUCUUGGCUCCUCCGGGUGGCGACUCUUCCGCUAUGACUAGUUCUGGUAUCCGCACCGUCUCCUUGAGACAGAAGAAGAAGACCGAUAAUGGUCCUAUCAUCUUUUACAAUAACGCCAAGUUCUGUACGGAUCUCAGUGGUGAGCCAAAGACAGAAGCAGCUAUGACGUACAACCCUAUCCUCUACCACACUACAACCGAACACGCGCUGGGUAUCCCAAGACCUUCUGAAGCAAUCUACCAAGGCAUCAUGGAGUCUCGUGGUCCUCUUGAUGAGGCUAAGGACCUUCCCGAGGCCAUGAGUCUGAACGACAAUCCAAUUCCCGAGGCUCUCGAGCUCAACUUUCCCGGAACGUCUCCCUUGUCUGAUGCGAGCGGAGCGUCUGGCCCGGCAAGAAACCCGAUCGAUCUGGAGGUCUCUGGCAUUGGUGGUAUUUACCCCUCGGACAACUUCUCCGUCAAUGUGAAAACGGAGCGUAAGCGCAACUCUGUAUUCGUGGCGCUACCUUCUCAACCAAAACCGUACUCCGCCCAGAUUGCAGGGCUCNUUCAGGAGAGCAAGCAGCAGCCAACAGUGUUCAGAGAAAAUGUCGUCGGCACUUUCCACCAGGAACUGCCCCCUUCUGAGCUCCCUCCUGCUUCCUGCUUCAUGGACAUUGAUGAAUAUGACGAUGAUGAAUCAGAGUUCGAAGAUUGCCAUUCAAUGAUCCCUGAUCUGGACCGCGUUCAUGACGUCCCAGCCACAGCACCACAAACCAUCGACAUGCCCUACAUGAGCAGUGAUGAGAGCGAUGACGAAGACGAGGAAGAAGGAAACAAGGAUGACGAUGCUGCUUCCGAUGGUUCCCUCGAUUUGCUUGCAACUGCUCGUGAGCUUGACCCUCAAUCGAUUCAGGCACGCGAGCGUGAGUACGACGCUCACAUGGCCGAAAGACUGGCCGAGGAGAUUCCUGCUGGUAGCUCUGCCGCUACAGCAGGAGGCGGUAGCGGCUUUGCCAGCCCGGCGGCCGGCAUUAGCAGACAGGAAUAUGAAGAGGCACGCGCACAGCAUGCUAUGCGACACGCCUCCACCAUCACAUCCGUGGCUUCGUUCAACAGAACAGACACGAAUGGUUCGAUGAUCGUCAAUGGCAAGUCGCCUUGA